AUGUCGGAUAGCAUGCAGAUUGACUCGCCUCCACCGGGAGGCGCCAUUGACGAAGGCUUAUACUCCAGACAAUUAUACGUGAUGGGGAAGGAAGCUAUGAUGAAGAUGCAAAACGCCAGCGUUUUGGUUGUGGGUUUGAAUGGAUUAGGGGUUGAGAUUUCCAAGAAUUUGGCUCUUGCUGGGGUUAAAUCCUUGGGUCUUUAUGAUCCUGCUCCAGUCACACUUACUGACUUGUCCUCUCAAUUUUUCUUGAAUGAAGAAGAUGUUGACAGUGGCAAAUCCAAGGCUGAAGUGUCUGCCAUCAAGUUGAAGGAACUCAACCUGUACGUUCCAAUUAAUGUCCUUUCACAACUAGAAGAGUCUACCAUCGCUCAAUACAAGUGUGUUGUUGUGACCAACGUCUCUCUUGAAGAACAAGUCAAAUUGAACGAAUUCACUCACAAAAACGACAUUGGCUUUAUUGCUGCCGAUAUCAGAGGUCUUUUCGGUCAAUUGUUUGUCGAUUUUGGUUCCAAAUUCACUGUCAUUGAUCAAACUGGUGAAGAACCACUUACUGGUAUUGUAUCUGACAUUGAAUCUGACGGUACUGUGACCAUGUUGGAUGACAAUAGACAUGGUCUUGAAGAUGGUGACUAUGUCAAAUUCUCUGAAAUUGAUGGUAUGGAUAAACUUAACGAAGGUAACCCACACAAGAUUGAAGUCUUGGGUCCAUACGCUUUCAAGAUCAAGAUUGAUAGCUCAUUCGGUGAAUAUAAAAAGGGUGGGUUGUAUACACAAGUCAAAAUGCCAAAGGAUAUUAGUUUCCAAAAGUUAUCUGAACAAUUAGCUAACCCAGAAUAUGUCUUUUCUGAUUAUGCAAAGUUUGAUAGACCUCCACAAUUACAUUUGGGAUUCCAAGGUUUACAUGGAUUCCAAACCAGACACCAAGGUCAAUUACCAAAGCCAUACAAUGAAGAAGAUGCCUCUGAAUUGUUGAAGAUUGUUCAAGAUUUGGCAGCUCAACAACCAAACAUCUUGGGAGAAGGUGUUGAAGUUGACUCUAAAUUAAUCAAGGAAUUGGCCUACCAAGCUAGAGGUGAUAUCCCAGGUCUUGUUGCGUUCCUUGGUGGUUUAAUUGCCCAGGAAGUCUUGAAGUGCUGUUCAUCCAAGUUUGGUCCAAUCAAGCAAUGGUUAUACUUUGACUCUUUGGAAUCCUUACCAAGUCAAGAAAACUUCCCUCGUACAGCUGAAACUUGUAAGCCAAUUGGUAGUCGUUAUGAUGGCCAAAUUGCCGUUUUCGGGAAGAAGUAUCAAGAAAAGAUUUCAAACUUGAAGGUUUUCCUUGUAGGAUCUGGUGCUAUUGGAUGUGAAAUGUUGAAGAAUUGGGCCAUGAUGGGAUUGGGUUCCGGUCCUGACGGUAAGAUUUAUAUCACUGAUAUGGAUUCUAUUGAAAAAUCCAAUUUGAAUAGACAAUUCCUUUUCAGACCAAAGGAUGUUGGAAAGAACAAGUCCGAUGUCGCAGCUGCAGCAGUUCAAAUAAUGAACGCUGGAUUGAAGGGAAAGAUAGAGUCCAGAUUAGAAAAGGUUGGACCUGAGACUGAAGACAUAUUUGAUGAUUCGUUCUGGAAUGGAUUAGAUUUUGUAACUAACGCAUUGGACAAUGUCGAUGCAAGAACAUACGUUGAUCGUCGUUGUGUCUUCUACAAGAAGGCAUUGUUGGAAUCUGGAACUUUGGGUACCAAGGGUAAUACACAAGUUGUCAUUCCUAACUUGACUGAAUCAUACUCCAGCUCUCAAGAUCCACCAGAAAAGUCUAUCCCAUUGUGUACUUUGAGAUCCUUCCCUAACAAGAUUGAUCACACUAUUGCCUGGGCCAAAUCAUUGUUCCAAGGUUACUUUGCUGACUCUCCAGAGAAUGUGAACUUAUAUUUGAGUCAACCAAAUUAUGUUGAACAAACCUUGAAACAGAAUCCUGAUAUUAAGGGUACUCUUCAAAACAUUUCUGACUCCUUAAACAAGCGUCCUUACAGUUUUGAUGACUGUAUUAAGUGGGCCAGACUUGAAUUUGAAAAGAAGUAUAACCACGAUAUCCAACAAUUGUUGUUCAAUUUCCCUAAGGAUGCCACCACUUCCACUGGUGGACAAUUCUGGUCCGGUCCAAAGAGAGCUCCAACUCCAUUGACGUUUGACUUGAACAACCCUGACCAUUAUCACUUUGUUGUGGGUGGUGCCAACUUGUUGGCCGCCAUUUACGGAUUGAAGGAGACUGGUGCUGAUUUGAGCCACUAUCAAAAGGUUUUGAGUGAACUUAAGAUUGAAGAGUUCACCCCUCGUAGUGGUGUCAAGAUCCAAGCUAACGACAAUGAACCUACCGAAGAUGCCUCUGGUAGUAUCGAUGACGAUGAAAUCAAGAAGAUUGCUGCCUCUUUACCAGAACCAUCAACCUUGGCUGGAUACAGAUUGAGCCCAAUUGAGUUUGAGAAGGAUGACGACACCAAUCAUCACAUUGAAUUCAUCACUGCUGCUUCUAACUGUAGAGCAUUGAACUAUGCCAUUGAAACUGCUGAUGCUUCCAAGACUAAGUUCAUUGCCGGUAAGAUCAUUCCUGCCAUUGCUACUACUACUGCCUUAGUUACUGGGUUGGUUUGUUUGGAAUUAUACAAGGUUGUCGACGGUACCAAGAAGAUUGAAGAUUACAAGAACGGAUUCAUUAACUUGGCCUUACCAUUCUUCGGUUUCUCUGAACCAAUCCAAUCUCCACAAGGAAAGUACAAUGAUAAAUCCUAUGACCAAAUUUGGGAUAGAUUUGAACUCAAGGGUGAUAUCACCUUGAAGGAAUUGCUUGAUCACUUUGAAGAAAAGGAAGGUCUUGAAAUCUCCAUGUUGUCACAUGGUGUUUCUUUGUUGUAUGCUUCUUUCUUCCCACCAAAGAAGCUCAAGGAUAGAAUGCCAUUGAAAUUAACUGAAUUGAUUAAGGAAGUCAGCAAGAAAGAACUCGCUCCACAUGUAAAGAACUUGAUUUUUGAAGUUUGUUGUGAUGAUAAGGAAGGUGAAGAUGUUGAAGUACCAUAUAUUUGUGUGACUAUCUAG